CGUCGCUGCGUGCGGACCGUUUAAACUGUAUUAUAUAACGUGCCAUACGUCCAAUACGCAGUCUACGUACAUUAGAUUUUAAUAAAUAUGUUAAGUUUGCAUUACUUAAAUGAUAUUUAAUUGCUGAUAAAUAAUAACAUUGUAAAAUGAAGCGGACACGCGGAAGAAAUCUCGUUUCAAUGGUUUUAAAUGAAACAAGAGAUCGUGAUUCUAGCGAAUCGCCGCUACCUCCAGGAGCAGAGACUUUACGUGAUGAAAUUGAGUUUCUAGAUAAAAUAGAUUUAGAUUCCAUAGAAUCGGAACCGUUUUCAGAAACUGUUCUCUUCAGUAAUACUUCACUGCAGCAAAGUUGUGGUUCGCCAAAUUCUGUGGAGCAUCAAAUAAUUUCUGUCGUUGCAGAUGUACAUGAUGUAAAUUCAAAUAAGUUAAAUACAAGGCAAGUUUUAAAGACCACGCGAAAAACAUGUCAGCAAAAAGGAAACUCGCAAGAAUUUGAAGACUGGGAUGAAAGUUCAAUUUUGCCUAUUGAUUAUACAAACUCACCAAUAUCAGACCUAAAUAUGACUCAAGAAUCAAUACAAUGCUUGACCCCGAUGCCAUUAAAUUUAAGAGAUUUUUCUCCAACAGGCUCCGAUACAUGUUUGGACUUUGGAAAUGAUAAUUCGCCCUUCCCUAGUGAUUACACUGGCUCACCAUUAAGCACACCAGGUAAUCGUAAACGAAAAUCUCAAAAGAAAAAAGACUUAGGUAACUUGCGAGAAACUUAUCAAGAUAUGUGGAUUGACGAAAAACGGAAGUACAAUGUUAAUCGCGGCUUAAAAUAUACGAGUAGAAAUGGUAAAAUUAAAUUAGAAAAACAAAUCAAACCACCCUGCCCCCCGACGUGUAAAAAGAAGUGCACGGUUCAUCUAACCCAAUCGGAACGGGAAAAAAUAUUUAAUAUGUUUUGGAAGAUAGGCAAUCAUACAAGACAAUGGGACUUUAUCGCUAAAUAUGCAAAACGAGAAAAGGUAAAUAGAACAACUAAAUCUGACUCCAUGAGAACUUGCACUGUUAAAUAUUUUUUUUCCAAAAAAGAACGAAGAUACUGGUGAUAUUGCUGCCAUACCCGUGUGCAAGU